CUGCAGUCACAAGGGCUUUGUAGUCAGUCUUAGCUGCUGGAACAUUCAAGGAGACAAAAAGGCACAGAAGAUCUCCACACAUACUUUGAUGCCAACUACAGCAAGUUGCAAGACCAUUUCUCUGCUGAAACUCCUUUAUUCUGUUAGUUUGCAGAAUUACUCUCCUAUGAUGGCACAGAAAUCACAAGGAUCUGACAACCUUCAAGAAGGCCAGGAAAAGAGCAAGCGAGAGAUCCUGAAGUGCACCAAGAGCGCGUGGGCUCCGCUGGAUGAGUGGCUGCCCCCUGACCCUGAGGAGGAAAGCCAGAGUCUCACCAUCCCCAUGCUGGAAGAUUCCAAGCAAGAAAGUAUUCAGCAGUGGCUGGACUCUGGAUUCUUUGUCUCUGCAAAUGAAAACUUUCAACAAGUCAUUGACCGCACUGUUUCUUUGUAUGAACAAGGGAUGGUUCAAAUGACUGUGAAAGACUACAUGAGAUCUUUGCAUCAGUUUUCAGAAACUCCCAUCCUAUCCAGAGGGACCAGUUUCAACUCUUGCUAUUCUACUGCAAGUGUACCACAAAGCAUUCCUGAAUGGCUGGAAUUUUGGGAGAUAGAUCCAGUGGAGAUUCUCUUGGAUCUGGGGUUUGGUGCUGAUGAGCCAGACAUCUGCACGCAAAUCCCAGCCAGAUUCCUUGGUUGUGGCUCAGCAGCCAGAGGGAUCAACAUCCGUGUUUUUCUUGAAGCUCAAAAGCAGCGAAUGGACAUUGAGAACCCCAACUUGUACGGUCGUUUCCGACAGCUGGAAAUCCUGGACCAUGUGACCAAUGCCUUCUCAUCUCUGCUGAGUGAUGUCAGCAUCCUGCCAAACAGAGCUGAAGAGAAAGCUGGAGGAGAGAGUGUGCAAAGAACCUCAGUGAGUGCCGCCAAAGAGCAUCAAAGAAGAAUGGGUAAACUCUUAAGGAGAGCUUCCAAACAGAACAUCAGGCAGGGUUGUAACCCAGAGGUAUCAGAGUCCUUCAAGGUGAAAGAUGAAGUUUUUAUCCCCUUUACAAAACCAUGGGAUUGUGGAGCAGAGCUAGCAGCAACCUCAAUCAACCACAAGCAAAAUCAUUUGUCUCUGUCAGUAGAACAUCAGUCUCUCCAAGCCUGUGAUGAUUUGCUACCUUAUCCUCCUCAUGGUCUUCUGAGCAAGCAGUGGCCUUGCUCAUCUAUGCUGGCCAAGCAGGCUCCUCCUUCCUGUGUGUCUGAGGGGUCAGUCAAGGGCAGAACUCAGAAGGAGAACUUAUUUCAGACUAACAAGCUCAAGAGCUUGUCUCGUCUUGCAGGCAAAGGACCAGACUCAUUUGAAAUGGAAGAGGUCCAAAGCUUUGAAGAAGAGACUGGUAAUCCUCUUGACAUGACUUCAGGAACUGUAGGUGCCAGGGUGGACAGAGCAAAUAGCUGCCAGUCUGACAGCAGCGGGUUCCUGGAGGAGCCGCUGGAACCGCUGCCCCUCCAGAUGCCUUCUUUGCCAAACAGCCAGAGUCCUGCUGAGAAUGGAGGUAGAAAGCCAAGAGAUCAGAGCCACAGCUUAGUAUCAUCCCAGGACUGUCAGCUAGAGUCGGAUGAGCCAGAUUCCAAAAGUAGGGCGAGCAUGUCUUUUUCAAGCCAAGAAGCGAAUGCCUUGGAACAAAGGGCCUCAGUAUCUGUGAUGGAGGAAGAGUUUCUGCUUGAGGCCAUGGAGGGGCCACCAGAGCUGUAUAUCCCAGACAUGGCCUGUGCCAAGACCACCAUGAGGGGAGAAUGCCCAAGGAAAGACAGCCAUCUGUGGCAGCUUCUGCCAAUGACCCAUGCUGAGUAUGAGGUCACCAGACCCACAGCCACUUCCAAAUAUGAUCAUCCUCUGGGGUUUAUGGUAACCCACGUCACAGAAAUGCAGGACAGUUUUGUGAGGCCUGAGGGAGCUAGCAAAGUGCAAAGCCACCAAAAUGAGUCUCAAAGAUCACCUGGAAAUGAUCAUACUCAAGACAAGUUCCUUCAUGUUGACUCUGAGGCCCCACGAGAAGAGGAAAGCAGUGGAUUCUGUUCUCACACCAACCACAGCUUACUCGUACCAGAAAGCUCAUUACAGUGUAUCCCCAAGCACAGUGAAAUCACACCUUAUGCAACUGACCUUGCUCAAACAUCUGAAAAGCUCAUUCCCCACCUCCAUAAACUGCCUGGAGAUCCUGCCCAGGUGAAGUCAAGGUCUGGUACUUUGGGUCAGAUACUACCUAGGACAGAAGCUGAGAUGGAAAACCUUCCUCUAAAUACUGGCAGCUCCAGGUCUGUAAUGACCCAGAUGUCCUCCAGCCUGGUGUCGGCUGCUCAGAGGGCUGUGUCCUUGGGGACUGGUCCCAGAGGAACAUCUUUAGAAUGCACUGUGUGUGAUCCUGUUACCGCAACAGAAACAAGACUGGGGACAAAAGCAAGACAGUUAAAUGAUGCUUCCAUUCAGACUUCAGCUCUAAGCAACAAGACCUUGACACAUGGGCCCCAGCCCCUCACCAAAUCCGUCUCUCUAGACUCAGGCUUCUCUAGUAUCUGCCCAAUGGGCACCUGCCGUGCUAUACCUGCCCACUGCUGCAUCUGCUGUCAUCACCACGCUCACUGCCACGGGGAGAGGCAAAGCCCUGGCCCUGAACCCUCAGUCUGUAGGCACUGCCUGUGUUCACUAACUGGUCACCAGGAAGCCCAGUUCAUGACGACUUUGAAAGCCCUUCAGGACACUACAGUGAGGGAGCUAUGUUCCUGCACAGUCCAUGAGAUGGAAGCCAUGAAGACGAUAUGCCAAAGUUUCCGGGAGUAUUUAGAAGAAAUUGAACAGCACCUUAUGGGACAGCAGGCCCUCUUUUCCAGGGACAUGUCAGAGGAGGAAAGGGAGGAGGCCGAGCAACUGCAAACGUUACGUGAGGCCCUGAGGCAGCAGGUGGCAGAGCUGGAAUUUCAGUUAGGAGACCGGGCUCAGCAAAUCAGAGAAGGGAUUUUACUGCAGCUGGAGGUUCUCACAGCAGAGCCACCUGAACACUAUUCAAAUCUGCAUCAAUAUAACUGGAUAGAAGAAAGCAAUGGCCAGACUUCAUGUUCUAAAAUCCACCCAGGCAUGGCCCCGAGGACUGUGUUUCCUCCCGAUGAUGGCCAGCAGGGUCCCUGUUCAGGUGGGACCCAGUUGGCUGCCUUCACUCCACCCACCUUGGAGAACAGCACCAGGAUGUCUCCUUCAUCAUCAGCUUGGGCAAAGUUAGGUCCAACCCCUUUGUCAAAUUGUCCUGUUGGAGAAAAGGAUGCAGAUGUCUUCCUCUAGAUCACAGCAGGUUGGGCUUUUGACCUCCCCUUCUCCAUGUAGACUCCGAGCUCUCCUGCAGUUUCUUCCUUGCUCCUUCCCUGUAACGCCUACGGAAUGAAGAGGAACACCUGGCUCUAGGAUGUCCCUCACCUGGCAGCCAUCUGCUUUACCAGUCUCAUUUCCUGCUCAGCCCUCAGAUGAAUCUCCAAUUCUAUUCCCCUAAACCACCUCGUGUGUUCCUGCUUCCUCUCCUUUGCUGAAACAAAUGAAGUAUCUCACCAGUAAGUCCUAGGGCAGACCCCAUCUCCUACACAGGCUUUCCUUGAUGAUCUGUGGCAGAAGUGAUCCUUAUUUUUUGAAACUCCUAUAUCACUUUGCUUUUUUGUUAAAACACUGAAAACCUCCUGUCUUGUGUUACCAUUAUCUGUGUAGGUCAUAUCUUCUUCAGUAAACUUAAAGCUAUUUGAGGACUGUGUAGUACCUACUACCCUGUGUUUAAGAGAGACUAUCUGGAGGAAAGUACAGACUCCUUUCUUUAUCAUGUGUGACCUCAGGCACUUGCUCUCUUUACCCUAGUUUCUUCCUCUGUAAAAUAGGGAGAAGAAAAACAACAUAGAGUUGUUGGACAGAAUAAAUACCGUGAAUCCCGUGCAGUGUUUAAUCCAAUGUCCAUCACGUAGUAAGUGUUCAAUGCAUGUUGGCUAUUAUUACAUGUGCACAUACCAAGAACUCAAUAAAUGCUAACUGUAAUUAC